AUGCAACCUGCGCCGCCGCACCCAAUCGCUCGGAUUUUCUGGUCAUUUCGCCAGAUCUCCUGCUCGUUUCGUCGUCGUUCACGUGUCUCCGCCGGAUUUGUUGCUCGUUCCGUCUUCGUUCAUACCUCAUCGAUUUUCUCUUCCGAUGAUGCCCAAUAUCUGAGAAAACACCUUUCAGCCUCCAACUCUGCUUCUAUUGCCCUUCGUCGUGAUCGACUCAACAAGGAAUCCUCUGAGGUUACCUAUGUUAGCACUGAUAGCAUUCAAGUCUCGGGCGGUGUGAAGUUUGAGGUGUAUGAGAAUGAGGAUUUGAUUCUCUAUGGCUCUUUGGAACGAAUCGAGGCCAAUUGGAUUAAUGGGAGCGUUGGAUUGGAGAAAAAUUCAAAGAAGACAAGUUGGAUUAUGGAAUGUUUUAUGGCUGCGUGCAUGUGUUCGGGUUCCUCGGCCUUUUUCCAGCCUAAACUUGGGGUUUCCUCCCUGGCAAUUAAGGUUUAUAUUGUCGGUUGUUGUUUCGGUAUGCCAAUGAUCUUGACGCAGACAAUUCAAGUUAGUCCGCGGCAGAGGAACUUGAGACAAGGUGUCCUAGAUGCAAUUCCCGAGGAUGAAGAAGUUGGAAAGGAGGAGAAUGGAAGUAAUGGGUUGAUUCGGCACCAGAAAGUGCAGGUAAAAUGUUGUUCUCCUCUUAUAAUUUUGUUCUCAAUUCUCUAGGCGUUUUGUGAGCUCGGGAAUUUUGGGGUUAAUCAAGGUGCUCGAGUUUGUAGGUUGCACUAUGGUAGUUUGUGGGUUAUUCAUGCACUAUGGUAGUUUUUGUGACAACUUUUGAGAUUUGAA